CUUUGACAAAGGCACGAAAAGUUUUCGUACCCGCAGUCAUUCAUAUCGUCGUCAUUGAUAGUUUCGAAUAAAACAAAAUUUCAAUCAUUCAUUUGCGUAGAUUUAGUAGCUUUUAGAAAUAAAAAUUAUUUAGCUUUCUUUCGUUUGCGAAGCGGUAAUAGGAUUGUGCUUUAGAACCAGAAAUCGCCGGAAAAAGUGAUGUCAAAAAUGGAGGACAUCGGGAGAAUGUUAGUGAAUUACAUAGAUCCUACAGCUACCAAGAAGGACGUAUCCGAGUGUCUGAAACAAUACAAAGCUCUAAGCUGCCGAUACGAGGAAUACGUGUUUAACGAUGGUACGGUGAAGCAGUUGAUCAACCUGCAGGGAACGAUCCCGGUCCGGUACAAGGGCAACACGUAUCACAUUCCCAUCUGUAUUUGGCUGCUGGACACGCACCCUCGCUAUGCUCCGAUUUGCUACGUUAAACCAACGUCCGACAUGCACAUCAAAGUGUCCAUGUACGUGGACCACAACGGGAAGAUCUAUCUGCCGUAUCUGCACGAGUGGACCCCCAUGCAGUCGGACUUGCUCGGGCUGAUCCAGGUGAUGAUCGUCACCUUCGGAGAGUAUCCACCGGUGUACUCGAAACCGAAGCAACCCAAGGAACAGGCAACGCCAUAUCCGACGCAAUCAUUUAUGCCACAACCGCCAUCAGUCACGCAGAGCCCCUAUUGUCCGUAUCCAGGGCAGCAAUUUCCGCCCUAUCCGCCCUCAGCUGGCGGAUAUGGUGCAUAUGGCCAACAGGCUCCCGGAGGAAGCUAUCCGCCAUAUAUGCCACCCAGCAUGCCCACAGCGUCCGGAUACAAUUCCGGCUAUAACCCAACGGCUCAAGGGACGGGCACCAUCACCGAGGAGCACAUCAAGGCUUCUCUGGUCAGCGCAGUGGAAGAUAAGCUGAAGCGGAGGAUCCAAGAGAGGGUGAAUCAAUGCCAGGCGGAGAUCCAAACGCUUAAACGCACCCAACAGGAACUGAACGAAGGCCAGAGCAAGAUCAACGACAUCGUCGGUCGGCUCGAGCGCGACCAACAGGAACUGACGAAAAGCAUCGCCGUGCUGAAGGACAAGGAACGGGAACUGCAGCAAGCGCUCGACAGC